AUGCCGGCCGUCGCCUACUUCGGCGCGCGCUUCGGCGACAAGUGGUACGUCGACCUCGUCGCGCUGCCGCACAACGCCAUCCGCUGCCAGCUGCGCGCCGCCUUCAUCAUCGCCAAUGCCCUGGGCAAGCUCGCCCUGGACGUGGGCGAGGCCGAUCUGGCCCGCGUCUACGCCUGGCUCGGCACACUCGAUAGGUUCGUCGCCGCCCUGCUCACGGCCGAGGACCGCUUCGUGUACCCGCUGGUGGAUGCCAACUUGAGAAAGGCCAAGACCCCGGAGGGCGCACAGCUGCAUUUGCCGGAGCUGCUAAGCCUCAGGGGCAGGGAUGUCGCGAAGACACGCAUUCGCGAGCUGCUGGCCGAUGCGAGGAAGACUAGGGAUGUCGCCACGGGCGCGACGAGGGCGAAGAUUAAUGCACUCAGGUUUGCCCUGGAUCAGUUGGGUGCCAACUUGUUGGAUUACUUUGCGGCUAUGGAGAAGUUUGUGCCCAAGCUGUUGAAGAAGGCCUUGAGGAACGGCCCCAAGGAGAAGGAUAAGGUCGAGAAGAAGAUGUUCGAGUAUCUAUAUGCCCAGCCGCACGGCGCCAUGUUGGGCGCCCUGUUGCUGCAGUGCAUUGAGAGCAGGAGCAGGAGGGCAGAGUUUGUCAAUCGCAAUAUUAGGAAGAAGAAUGACCGCGCAUCCUUUAAGCUUCACGUUAAGAAGGUCGAGGCGAGCCACAUGAGGCUCGCUCUGGCCUUUGAUGAUGUCGCCAACAAGUAUGAACGCAGGUUUAAUAUGAGCACGUUUGUCAAGCAUUAUGAUGCCAAUACUGACGGAUACGCGCAGGAGACGCUUGCCAUGUUUGGCGACAUGGAUAUCAAUGCUGAGGGGGAAGGGGGCGCCGAUGCGCAGAGAGGGGGUGAUCAAUAUUCGGACGAUGGGGAGCAAGGCGCGGGCAUGGAUGACGAUGUGAUCGAGGUCCUGGCGGAGGUCACACCGGAGGAGGUGGUGGCCGGCGAGGACGCGAGGACCCUCGAGGAAGCCCUUGCGGCAGAGGAGGCCCGCGUGAUUGGGGACGCGCACAUCAGCGACACGCGCAUCGGCGACGAGGCAGCGAGUGCGUCACCUGAGCACGCGGUUGGAGAAGGCCAGGCUGUAGACGCAGCAGAUUACACCUAAGAGGAGGUUUGUGGAAGGGAGCUCUUCUGACUUUAUAGCUGGCCGCAUGGUUUUUGUCGCUGUGCCUUUUUUGGGGGCGCGCGAGAAACAUUUCACUUAUUUUUUCGGGUACGAGAUGUAGGAUAGUAAAUGCGUAGAGGUACGUUUUCGA